AUGAAGCUCACGACAGACUCGUCGGUGCCGGUGUACACCAUCGCGGGUGAAGGCACGUCGCGACCGUUGCCAGAAUGGCUGGCACGAAGGCGGAAGCGCAGUCUGAAGAAAGACAGCGAGUAUGCAAACCGCGUGGAGCUGCUGCAGGACUUCGAGUUCGAGGAGGCCAGCCAGUGCGUGCGCGUGAGCGAAGAUGGCGAGUGGGUAGUGAGUACAGGCACAUAUAAACCCCAAAUCCAUACCCAUUACCUCCCGCAUCUCUCGCUCUCCUAUGCCCGCCACACCAAUACUAUCAACCAGACGUUCCUGUUACUCUCCUCCGACUACAGCAAAUCUUUACACCUACAAACCGACCGAUGCCUGGAGUUUCACACUCCUGGUGGCUUGCAUUACACCACACGAAUACCACGAUAUGGCAGAGACCUUAAGUACAACCGACGGACGGCUGAGGCACUCAUUCCGACAGUGGGCGUGAAUGCCGACGGCAAUGGAGAGGUGUUCAGGCUCAACUUGGAGGUUGGCCGGUUUAUGAAGGGCUUCGAAGUAGAUGUCGGUGGCGACGACUUUGAGUCUUUUGGUGGUGGCGCUCUGCAAGGCGGCAUACGGACGGGCAGUGUCAAUUGCGCUGCCGUAGCUGAUGAUUCGCACGGCCUACUCGCAUUCGGUACCUCUCUGGGAACGGUCGAGCUGUGGGAUUCGAGAUCGCGGAAUCGGGUCAGCGCUAUCGGGCCUACCGCGCCAGCACCUGUGUUCGAGUCUGACAUGGAUAUUAGACCGGAGAUCACAGCACUGGAGUUCCAUCCGUCUGGCCUCGAUCUCGCCACUGGCAACAGCAACGGCAUCGUGCACACGUACGAUCUACGCUCGCCCGUGCCACUGCUUCGAAAAGACCAAGGAUACGGCUCACCUAUCGAAACACUACGAUACCUCACGCCGUCAAUCACAUCAUCAGCUGUGACACCGAACAAGCUUUUGAGCGCCGACCGAAAGUCGAUCAAGCUCUUCGACUCUACCUCCGGUGACCUCUGGACAUCAGUCGAGCCCGCGGUAGACCUCAAUCACGUGGAGUGGGUGCCCGAUUCAGGCAUGCUGCUCACUGCCAAUGAAGGGAGACAACAAUACGCCUUCUUCAUUCCGCAGCUUGGACCUGCGCCGAAAUGGUGUGGCUUCCUGGACAACUUAGUCGAAGAAAUGGCAGAAGAUGGCGAUGCAGACCCCAACGGUUUCAGUACUCGUUCCAAGUCUGGUGUUGGCGAGGUCUAUGACAACUUCAAGUUCGUUGAUCAGAAGGAACUUCGAGAGCUCAACCUGGAUCACCUCAUCGGCACCACGAAUGUGCUGCGACCAUACAUGCAUGGCUACUUCGUUCCGCAAGGACUAUGGGAGCAGGCGAGACUGCUUGCAAACCCUGACAUCAUACUUCAGCAACGGCAAAAGAGUGUGCAGGAGAAGAUUGACAAAGAGCGGGAGUCGCGGAUUCGUGGGAAUAAGAAGGUUGCAGUCAAAGUCAAUAGACAUCUGGCUGAAAGGCUUGCUGCGAGGGAGGAGGCAAAUGAGAGAAGAAAAGCUAUGCGAUUGUUGAAGAAGCGAGGCGAGGACGCCGUGGACGCCGUGGACGCCGUGAACGCCGUGGACGAGGCGCCGCAAGAGGAGGACGCUGAAGAUGAUGCCGAGCCGCAGCAGCAAGCGAAGAGAACCGAUCUCAUGGCUGACGACCGCUUCAAGAAGCUGUUUGCGGACGAAGACUUUGAAAUCGAUGAGGCGAGUCGAGAAUUCCAGAUGCAUAACCCUUCAUCGGUACCGAAUGGUGAGCUGAAGAAGCGAGGCGUCACGGCCGUGGAGGACGAGGCUAUGCAGGAUGUUGCGGGCUCUGACGAUGAUGAAAGUGGAAGUGACGAGGACGAAGAUGCAGCAGCAGAAGCAGCCGCCUUGCGAGCACGCCAGCGUCCGCGCCGAGCAGAAGACAACGACGAGUCUGGCAAUGGGCGCAUCGGGAGCGUUUCGUACAAGAAGACGCCCGCUCAGCGGCAGCGGCAGAAGUCUGGUCCGAAGAUGCAAGUCUCAUCGUCGAAUGCCGACUUGCGUAGGAGACAACAGGCCAAGCAAUCGAGAUCUUUUGGUGAUCUGGCGACUUCGCUGCCUGCGCGUGGUGGACGGAACUCGGCUGAGAAUGUCAGAAGUGGCGGCGUGGUGGGAGAGAAAGAGGUUACGUUCGCGCCGAUGAAGAGCGGGAAGAAUCUGAACAUGAAGCAGCAAAGGCAGCGGGAGGUUGAGGACGGCGCGGCGGGUGGUAGGAAGGUGGCAAGAGGCAAGGAGAGGAGAAGUGCGAGUGGAAAUACCUUUAGGAAGAUGUGA